AUGGCUUCACAUGCAGACAUGUUGCUCCGGCGGGACCUGAGCAUAGAGCAAAAGUUUGAGCAGUUGAUGCUGAACAAUCCCCUGGGAGCAAGGGUUUCACAAGACUCGGUCCUCAUCGCUGUAGGCACCUCGUUUGGCAUGACUGCUGCCAUCUUUAUCGGUUUCAUCCUCCUACGUCCAUUCAAUACCAUCGUAUACGCCCCACGUUUGCGCCACUCUGAUGAAAAGCACCGACCGCCGCCCCUAGAUAAGAGCCUCUUCGCCUGGUACCGGCCCGUCUUCAAGACAAACGAGCCCGAGUAUGUGGAGAAGAUUGGCCUGGACGCCACUAUAUUCCUGCGCUUUGCACGCAUGUGCAGGAACAUGUUUAUAGUCCUGGCAGUUGUUGGAUGUGGCAUCAUUAUCCCCGUCAACAUUGCCAACUCAGUCGAGUUCCAAAAGAAGUUUGACACAAAUCUCCGUGGCAACAUCAUCUUUUUGAUGACUCCCAGAGAUUUGUUUGGUCGCGUCUUCUGGGCAUUCGUCAUCUUGGCAUACAUUAUAGAUGUAAUUGUUUGUGCCUUUUUGUGGUGGACAUAUCGGGCUGUACACCGGCUGAGACGACAGUACCUCGAUAGCCCCGAGUACCAGAACAGUCUCCAUGCCAGGACGCUGAUGAUUACCGAUGUCGGACGCAGCAAUCGUAGCGACCAGGGCAUUGUGGAAAUCACCGACAGCUUGAAGACCACGCCCGAAGUACCGCGUGCGUCUAUCGGAAGAAACGUCAAGGAUAUCCCUGAUCUCAUCGAGGAACACGAAGAGGCGGUUAUUGCGCUGGAGCAGGUCCUUGCAAAGUACCUGAAGAACCCUAAUAAACUACCGGCGGAGCGACCUCUGUGCACACCAUCCAAGAAGGACCCGGAGUAUACAGAUCGGACGCAAAAGGUGGAUGCCAUCGAUUACUUGACAGCCCGCAUCCAGCGUUUGGAGACCAAGAUCAAAGAGAUCCGCGAGACUAUCGACAAGCGCGAUGCUCUAUGCUACGGAUUCGCCAGUUACGAGUCGAUUGAAUCGGCGCACAUGGUUGCAUAUGCAGCUCGCAACAAGCACGUCAAAGGCACCACCGUCCGACUCGCACCCAAGCCAAAGGACAUUAUCUGGAAGAAUCUUACCCUUGACCCCAAGAGGAGGCGCUGGAGGAGGAUGGUCAACAACUUCUGGAUUACUCUGCUCACGCUUCUAUACUUUAUUCCCAACGCCCUCAUUGCCGUCUUUCUGUCCAAACUUUCCAACCUCGGCUUUAUGUGGCCCUACUUCCAGGUCGAAUUGGGCAGACACCCCGACUUCUGGGCCGUAGUACAAGGUCUUGCAGCACCGGCUCUUACUUCGCUGUUCUACUACUUCCUUCCCAUCAUCUUCCGCCGUUUGUCCAUGAAAGCCGGCGACCAGACCAAGACCUCGCGAGAACGCCAUGUAACUGCGCAGUUGUACGCUUUUUUUGUCUUCAACAACUUGUUCGUCUUCUCGCUCUUCAGUGCCGUGUUUGGCAUGGUCGUCAUGAUUGUCAAACUCGCAGCCGAACAACACGUACCUUUCUUGACGAUUCUCAAAGAUAUCACAUUCUUCGACACUACCAUGCGGACACUCUGCGAAGUCUCGCCUUUCUGGGUCACCUGGCUCGUACAACGUAAUUUGGGUGCCGCCAUCGACCUUGCUCAGGCCGUUAAUCUUGCUUGGGGCAGUUUCUCUCGCAAGUUCUUGAACCCUACGCCUAGGGAAUUAAUCGCUCGUACUGCGCCACCACCAUUCGAUUACGCAAGUUACUACAACUACUUUUUAUUUUACUCUACUGUCGCGCUUUGCUUUGCGCCACUACAGCCUAUUACGCUGGUAAUUGUAGCGAUUUACUUUAGUCUAGACAGCUGGAUGAAGAAGUACCUGCUCAUGUACGUCUUCUGCACCAAGAACGAGUCCGGUGGUGCCUUUUGGCGCGUUCUCUUCAACCGCAUGCUCGUCGGCACUUUCCUAUCCAACUGCAUCAUCGCCCUACUCGUAGUCGCCCGAGGAUACGCAGACAAGUGGACUAUGCUCGCCGCCAUGGCUCCACUGCCUCUCGGACUACUCGCAUUCAAGUUCUACUGCAAGAAUAAAUUUGACAGCUCCCUAAAGUACUACACUCAAGGCGACCGAUCCAAGGGCACCGAAGCACCCACACCCAUCGACAAGGAAUCCCGCCGACGAGACCGCGUUGCCGUCCGCUUCGGCCACCCGGCCCUCUACCAAAAACUCACCGUCCCCAUGGUACACGAGAAAUCCAAGCAUCUCCUCGCCGAAAUCUACCGCGGCCGCCUCGACGGCGACAUUGGCGACACUGCCGCCUUCAGCGACGUCUACACCAUGAAACGCAUGUCCAAAGAGAACCCUGGUAAAACCGCCGCAUCCCCCUCCGGGCCCUUUGAAUUCGUAUCCGAAUCCAACAUGGACUUUGAAAACUUCAAAAACCGCCCAGAAUUCAGCGACGAACACGGCGGCGAGGGUUCCAUCUACGGUGCUAGGAGUAGCAUCUACCGCCCCGACACCCCUAGCUCACAAUGGGGUGCCGCCGGUGACCGUGGACGCAGCACAAGCCGCGAUUCAGAAAGAACAACGAUGACUAGUGGUGCGGAAGAAAACACAGGUGUCCUAUACCCACAGGGUUACCACCAAACCCCCUCGCAACUCCGCGAGUACAGCCCCAGUCCCGCACCCAGUCUCGGUCGAACACACACAAACGAGAGUCCGUACGAGGUGUCGGAUCAGAGGAGAUUGGUCAGUGGGGCUGCGCCUAUGGGCGGCGCGCCGCAGUUGCAGUAUACACCGUAUAGUCCUAGUAGGGAUGGGGAGCAGGAUUAUUUCAGAAGGUAG